AUGUCUGACGCUCAAAGGCCCAGAAAGCUUAACCCAAACUACAAACAAGAAAGCAACUGGCGACACAAAAAGCAUACAAAUAACGCUUUUCAUAAAUAUACACGAGAAGCCAUUCUUAAUGCUUAUUACGAGUGUCCAUUUCCAGCUGUGCCACUAACAGAAGCUGUCCUCCCUCUUUAUUCAUCACCACCGCUUCAUCCUUUUAUCGAAAUGCAUCCGAAUUAUCGUGAAGAGCUCGGAGAUGAGAUAAACAGCAGAAAGCCAGCGCCUAGAGAAAAGCAGGUCGAACAAGUGCCUGAAUGGUAUAUCCUGUUUAUCAUAAAUAAACAAGUCAUAUGAAAAAUAAUCCAUUUUUAUAAUAAAUUUAUAGAAAAAUAUACUGAAUCAGGGACAAAAGAUGUCCCUUCACCUGAUAAAUCACCAACAGAACAAAAUACAGCUGAGGCGAAGCCUGAAAAACCAGAAAAUGGUGCAAUUGACAUUAAUGAUGUCCAAGAUGAGUUCGGGAAAAUCGACCUUGUGGUUGAGGAAAAAUUGAAAACUCAGGUUGAAGAAGAUGAAGCUUUCCCUGAAUGGGAUGAAGUGGAUGACCCUGAAGCCAAAGAUAUAGAGGAGCCUUUUGAAAAGCCGAGCAAAAGCAAUAAAGAAACCCAGCCACAAAGUAAACAGGAAGAGGCUUUACUGCAAUCACAAAUAAACCAACAAGCUUCACAGCCUUCUCAAAGUAUACAGCCACAGCAGGCAUCUAAACUAAUACCGUUUUAUGACGCCAGUCUAUUAACUUAUCAGUGCUCAAUAAAAAACCCUUUCGCUGUAACACUUGCUGAAUGCGCUAUGCUAGGAAGUGACAACUUAGCCUACUUCAUGCCAUUUUCCAAGCCUUUUGAAAAGUUUUGGUUCUACAAAGAUUUAGCUAAAAAGGUACAAGGGCCGUUCUGCACAAUUGAGAUGUUCAAUUGGUCAGUUCGAGGGUGUUUUCCGCCUGAUUUAGAAAUUGCUAAAGAAAACACAGAAAAUUUUGUGCCAAUGAAUAACUUUUUCCUGCAACUUGCAAGCACGCCUCAACCAAAGAGUAAUGAGCAGGCUAAAGAAGCAGAAAUUAAGGUAAAAGAAAGCGAGCCUAAAGCAGCAGAAAAAUCACAGCAGCCUGAGACAAAGUUUGGGAACACUUAUAAUGAGAUGUUCCCAGCUUUUGAGCCUUCAAAGCAUGAAGUUUCGAAUAACAAAAGUAAGAGAAACGAAGACAAUGCAUGGGAAGAAGUCAAAAAGAACAAGCCUAGUACAAAAUCGACAAGAGGUAAAGCUAAAUAA